UUAUACCAUCAUGCAGUCCAACAUUCGAUAUUUGGUGAAUGUUGCCGUCAAGGGUAACGCAAGCCUUCGAAAUCAUGGCGCAGUGCUGGGAGCGCUAUAUGGCCGAUACUACUCGACGACACACGAUGCCGACCUGGUGGUUAUCGGUUCCGGUCCGGGAGGAUAUGUUGCCUCCAUCAAAGCUGCACAGCUCGGUAUGAAGACCGUGUGCAUCGAAAAGAAUGACACACUAGGCGGAACCUGCUUGAACGUUGGCUGCAUCCCCUCGAAAGCCCUGCUGAACAAUUCGCACUACUACCACAUGGCUCAUUCGGGCGAUCUUGCCUCGCGUGGUAUUCUCGUGGAGAAUGUGCGCCUUGACUUGAGCGUACUGAUGGGCCAGAAGACGAAAGCGGUCAAAUCGCUAACCGGUGGUAUCGCGCAGCUCUUCAAGAAGAACAAAAUAACACACAUCAACGGAUUCGGUACGAUUACUGGCCCUAACACGGUGGUUGCAAAGAAGGCGGACGGUAGCGAAGAGACGGUCAACACGAAGAACAUUCUGAUUGCUACCGGCUCGGAGGUAACACCGUUCCCCGGCAUUGAAGUAGACGAGGAAACGAUCGUUUCGUCCACUGGUGCCCUCAAGCUGAACGAAGUACCGCGAAGGCUCGGUUUGAUCGGUGCCGGUGUUAUUGGACUCGAGCUCGGUUCGGUUUGGGGCCGUCUCGGCGCGGAUGUGACUGCGAUCGAAUUUCUAAGCACGAUCGGCGGUGUGGGUAUCGACCAGGAGGUGUCCAAGAACUUCCAGAAGAUUCUCACCAAGCAGGGAAUGAAGUUUAUGCUCGGCACGAAGGUGAUCAGUGCGUCGAAGGGAGGCAGCGGUGUUACUGUGACGGUUGAGAACGUGAAGGAUGGUUCGCAGCAGAAUCUGGAGUUUGAUGUGCUGCUGGUGUGCGUUGGUCGCAGACCGUACACGGAGGGACUCGGCCUGGAAAACGUAGGCAUCGUGAAGGAUGACCGAGGACGGGUACCGGUGAACAGUCAGUUUCAGACGAUUGUUCCAAGCGUUUACGCGAUCGGUGAUUGUAUCCAUGGUCCGAUGUUGGCGCACAAGGCGGAAGAUGAGGGUAUCGUGUGCGUGGAGGGUAUGCUCGGUGGACACGUGCACAUCGACUACAACUGUGUGCCAAGCGUGGUGUACACGCACCCGGAGGUGGCUUGGGUGGGCAAGAACGAGGAGGAACUGAAGGCGGAAGGUGUCGCGUUCAACGUCGGCAAAUUCCCGUUCGCGGCGAACUCUCGUGCCAAGACGAACAACGACACGGACGGUUUCGUGAAGGUGCUGGCAGAUAAGCAAACAGAUCGUGUGCUGGGAGUGCAUAUCAUUGGACCGGCCGCUGGUGAGCUGAUUAACGAAUCUGUCCUCGCCAUGGAGUACGGUGCGUCGGCUGAGGAUGUUGCACGCGUCUGCCACGCUCACCCGACCUGUGCAGAAGCCCUUAGGGAAGCGCAUACGGCUGCCAGCUUCGGCAAACCGAUUAACUUUUAAUUUGUAAAAAGAUAAACAAACAACAAAACUCAACCACUACCACCACCAUCAUCGAGGGAAGAGGCCGUUUUGAUGAAGUAAAUCAGCAACAUGUGUGCGCGUGUGAAAUGUUAAACACAUCCCAGGGUGUACUCUGCUGUUUCCCCGUGUUUUUUCGAUGUACUGCUUUUCUGGGGAAUGGACAAAAGAGAACAAGACGGUAGAGAUUUUUGAUAGCAAAACGACCGACGACACAUGUGAUGAUGCCGGCUGAAAGCCAGCAAUAUGGACACAAGGGCGUAAACGAAGCGAUAGCGAAGCAAUUUAUUAACCUCCAUGGGAAAUCCUUACAAUCCCUUUGUAAGAGUGUAACGCGAGAUAGAGAUAAAUAAUAAUGAUUGCCAUUCGCCCGUUCCGUGCCACCCUUCCCGGCGGGAUCACAAGGUGCAGAUGGGGGUGUAACAAGGGCAUAUAGCGUUUUUUGAAUCUGGAGCCAUUGGAUUAGUUUCUUUUUUUGCUGUUGGAAACAGUGCAGUAUAAAACGAUGCGAAUAAAAUGAAACCCAAAAGCAACAUUAUUUAUUAGCUCAUAA